UGGCGCUCUAGCGCCGCCGGCGCCUCAUCGGCUGUUGUGGACACCGGGAGCUUUCCGGUGAGCCCGAUCCAGCGCAGGUAGCCUGUGGAGCCGUUUGAACCCGCCAAGGCCCCCGAGGCCCACUUUCCCUGUCGUUGGCCGUCAGCCAGCAGGCCUGGCCGCUGUACCGCGAGGAGAACACCUCCUCAGGGCCAUGUCCAGGCCGAGUAGCGUCUCCCACCGGCCGUCGGCUCCUGGAGGGGGCGGCGGCAGCGGCCCGGUGCCGUGUGGCCCUGCGGGAGGCGGCCGGGCCAAGGGGCUGAAGGACAUUCGUAUAGACGAGGAGGUGAAGAUCGCGGUCAAUAUCGCUCUGGAGCGUUUCCGAUACGGGGACCAGAGAGAAAUGGAAUUUCCUUCUUCUUUGACCAGUACGGAAAGAGCCUUUAUUCAUCGAUUGAGUCAGUCUCUUGGUUUGGUUUCUAAAAGUAAAGGAAAGGGAGCAAGUAGAUACCUAACUGUGAAGAAGAAAGAUGGAUCAGAAACAGCUCAUGCAAUGAUGACCUGUAAUUUGACUCAUAAUACAAAACAUGCUGUUAGGAGCCUAAUUCAAAGAUUUCCUGUCACCAGUAAAGAGCGUACUGAACUUCUGCCUAAAACAGAAAGAGGAAAUGUGUUUGCAGUUGAAGCUGAAAACCGGGAAAUGAGCAAGACAAGUGGGCGACUCAACAGUGGCAUAUCUCAGAUUCCAGUGAAAAGAGGAGAAUCUGAAUUUGAUUCUUUCAGGCAGUCUCUGCCAGUGUUUGAGAAACAAGAAGAAAUUGUUAAAAUAAUUAAGGAAAAUAAAGUAGUUUUGAUUGUAGGAGAAACUGGAUCUGGAAAGACUACACAGAUUCCUCAGUUCCUUUUAGAUGAUUGCUUUAAAAAUGGUAUCCCCUGCCGUAUAUUUUGUACUCAACCAAGACGAUUAGCAGCUAUUGCUGUGGCUGAAAGAGUUGCUGCAGAGAGAAGAGAAAGGAUUGGUCAGACAAUUGGGUAUCAGAUCCGUUUAGAAAGCAGGGUUUCUCCAAAGACACUUCUGACAUUUUGCACCAAUGGGGUACUGCUUCGUACUCUGAUGGCAGGAGAUAGUUCAUUGUCAACUGUGACACAUGUUAUUGUGGAUGAAGUACAUGAAAGGGAUCGAUUUAGUGAUUUUUUACUUACAAAGUUAAGAGAUUUGUUGCAGAAGUACCCAACUUUGAAACUAGUUCUUUCUAGUGCUGCCUUAGAUGUAAAUCUUUUUAUGAGAUAUUUCGGGAGUUGUCCAGUGACAUACAUACAGGGAAGACCAUUUGAAGUAAAAGAAAUGUUUCUGGAAGACAUUUUAAGAACUACUGGAUACACAAAUAAAGAAAUGUUAAAAUACAAAAAGGAAAAACAACGAGAAGAAAGACAACAAACCACACUUACAGAAUGGUACUCAGCUCAAGAGAAUACUUUCAAGCCUGAAUCUCAGAGACAGAGAGCUGUCCCAAAUGUAACUGAAGAAAAUGAUUUAUUGGAUGAUGGUGGUGAUGCCGUCUUCAGUCAGUUGACAGAAAAAGAUGUGAAUUGCCUUGAACCAUGGUUAAUAAAGGAAAUGGAUGCUUGUCUUUCUGACAUAUGGCUGCGUAAAGAUGUUGAUGCCUUUGCUCAGGUCUUUCACCUUAUUUUAACUGAAAAUGUUAGUGUGGAUUACAGACAUAGUGAAACCAGUGCAACAGCUUUGAUGGUUGCUGCAGGACGAGGUUUUUCAAGUCAAGUAGAACAGUUAAUUAGUAUGGGAGCCAAUGUUCAUAUUAAAGCAUCAAAUGGCUGGAUGGCUUUAGAUUGGGCUAAACACUUUGGACAGACUGAAAUUGUGGAUCUUCUAGAAUCUUACAGUGCUUCAUUGGAAUUUGGAAAUUUAGAUGAAAGUUCUUUGGUUCAAACAAAUGGGAGUGAUCUCAGUGCAGAAGACAGAGAGCUCCUGAAAGCUUAUCAUCAUAGUUUUGAUGAUGAAAAAGUAGACUUGGAUUUGAUCAUGCAUCUUCUAUACAAUAUCUGCCAUAGUUGUGAUUCUGGUGCAAUAUUGAUUUUCCUGCCUGGAUAUGAUGAAAUUGUUGGUCUGAGGGAUCGCAUCCUGUUUGAUGACAAGCGGUUCGCUGACAAUACUCAUAGGUACCAAGUCUUUAUGCUUCAUUCAAAUAUGCAAACAUCCGAUCAAAAGAAGAUAUUAAAAAACCCACCUGCAGGUGUUCGAAAAAUAAUCCUUUCCACCAAUAUUGCUGAAACCAGCAUCACAGUCAAUGACGUUGUCUUUGUUAUUGAUUCUGGUAAAGUGAAAGAGAAAUCCUUCGAUGCACUGAAUUUUGUUACAAUGUUAAAAAUGGUGUGGAUUUCCAAAGCUAGUGCCAUACAGCGAAAAGGCAGGGCAGGGCGAUGCAGACCUGGAAUUUGUUUCCGGCUGUUCAGUAGACUUCGAUUCCAGAAUAUGUUGGAAUUUCAGACUCCAGAACUUUUGAGAAUGCCAUUACAGGAACUUUGUUUACAUACCAAGCUCUUAGCCCCAGUUAAUUGUCCUAUUGCUGAUUUCCUUAUGAAAGCUCCUGAACCUCCACCAACUUUAAUUGUAAGAAAUGCUGUGCACAUGCUUAAGACAAUAGAUGCAAUGGAUGCAUGGGAAGAUCUCACUGAACUUGGGUAUCAUUUGGCUGACUUGCCAGUAGAACCACAUCUUGGUAAAAUGGUCCUAUGUGCUGUGGUGUUAAAGUGUCUGGAUCCCAUCCUUACAAUUGCCUGCACACUAGCCUAUCGAGAUCCGUUUGUCCUGCCAACACAGGCCUCUCAAAAACGUGCAGCUAUGCUUUGUAGGAAACGUUUCACUGCAGGGACUUUCAGUGACCACAUGGCACUUCUCAGAGCAUUCCAGGCAUGGCAGAAGGCUCGAAGUGAUGGGUGGGAGCGAGCCUUUUGUGAAAAGAAUUUUCUUUCACAAGCUACUCUGGAAAUAAUCAUAGGCAUGAGAACUCAGUUGCUUGGUCAACUUAGAGCAUCAGGUUUUGUGAGAGCACGAGGUGGUGGUGACAUUCGAGAUGUUAACACAAAUUCUGAGAACUGGGCUGUCGUUAAAGCUGCAUUGGUUGCAGGCAUGUAUCCUCAUUUAGUCCACGUGGACAGAGAGAAUGUAGUAUUGACAGGGCCAAAGGAGAAAAAAGUACGGUUUCAUCCCACUUCAGUUCUCAGUCAGUCUCACUAUAAAAAGAUUCCUCCAGCUAAUGGUCAAGCUGCAGCAAUUCAGGCACUGCCCACAGAUUGGCUUAUUUAUGAUGAAAUGACCAGAGCUCAUAGAAUAGCUAAUAUUAGAUGUUGUUCAGCAGUGACACCUGUCACUGUAUUGAUAUUUUGUGGACCAGCUAGGUUGGCAAGUAAUGCUCUUCAGGAACUUUCAUCUUUUCGAGCAGAUGGUAUUCCUAAUGACAGUAGUGAUAGUGAAAUGGAAGACAGAACUACUGCUAAUUUGGCAGCUUUAAAACUUGAUGAGUGGCUCAAUUUCAAACUAGAGCCAGAGGCAGCCAGUUUAUUGCUGCAGCUUAGACAGAAGUGGCAUAGCUUAUUUUUACGCCGAAUGAGAGCUCCAUCCAAACCUUGGUCCCAAGUUGAUGAUGCUACCAUAAGAGCAAUUAUAGCUGUUUUAAGCACUGAAGAACAGUCUGCAGGUUUACAACAACCAUCUGGGAUUGGCCAAAGGCCAAGGCCUAUGUCUUCAGAAGAACUUCCUUUGGCAUCAUCUUGGAGGUCAAAUAAUAGUAGGAAAAUUUCAGCAGAUAUUGAAUUUUCUGAUGAGUCUACUACUGCAGAAAGAGUAUUGAUGAAAUCUCCAUCUCCAGCACUGCACCCACCUCAGAAGUACAAAGAUAGAGGAAUUUUACAUCCUAAACGAAGCACUGAUGACAGGUCAGAUCAGUCUUCUGUGAAUACAGACAGCAAUAAUUAUCAAAGUCCUUGUGCUAGUCCUUCUCCUCCAUCCUCAGGAAAGGGCUCAAAAUCUCCUUCACCAAGACCAAACAUGCCUAUUCGAUACUUCAUAAUGAAGAGUAGCAAUCUGAGAAACCUUGAAAUUUCUCAACAGAAGGGUAUCUGGUCUACAACCUCUAGUAAUGAGAGGAAGCUAAACCGAGCCUUUUGGGAAAGCAGCAUGGUUUACUUGAUAUUUUCUGUUCAAGGAUCUGGACAUUUCCAGGGAUUUUCUAGAAUGUCUUCUGAGAUAGGAAGGGAGAAGAGUCAGGACUGGGGUUCAGCUGGACUAGGAGGAGUGUUUAAGGUGGAGUGGAUACGAAAAGAAAGUCUUCCCUUUCAGUUUGCACACCAUUUACUCAAUCCUUGGAAUGACAACAAGAAAGUCCAGAUAAGCAGAGAUGGGCAGGAACUAGAACCUCAGGUUGGUGAACAGUUGCUCCAGUUAUGGGAACGCCUUUCAUUGGGAGAAAAAACCACAACUGAUUGACAUUCAGACUUCUUAGCUUCAGAAGAACAUCAUGCCUGCUCAUAACCACUGAAUGCACUGACUUCCAAAAACUGAAAUGGGGUUGUGUGUUAUUCUGAAUGGGCUUUUCUGGUUGAAAGUGUUGCUUUAGAACCACCAUCUUCAUAUAAAAGAGAAAAGGAUAAUUUAAUUUUUAUAGUGAUCAUAGGGAAUGAUUAUAUGUUUGUUAAUAUGUUUAUAAUUGAAUGAAAUAGAGUUAGUUUCAUUAUUUAACACAAUAGCAGUUAAACAUACUUAAUUUGAAGUUAAACAUUUCAUUUGUUUGAAACACUGACUUAGAACUCUUAUUGGUGAUUUUUUUUAACGCAGAGUAAAUUGUUUACUUUUAAGAAAGGUCUGACUAUAUCUGUCCAUCUGAGCAACAUUUUAGAAGAGUCAACUCUAAAGAUUUAUCAUUAAAAAACAAGCAAAGAAAAGCAAAUGACCAAAAUCUAAAAAUGUCCCUUUCAAAAAUAAUGUGUGCUGAUUAAGGACUAUUCAUUGUGCCAUUUUUAACCUGAGGCACAUUAAGGAAGAAAAAAAAAGAAAGGAUGUUCUUUUUUUGCAACUAUGAAAUGCAGUAAAAAUUGAAGAAAGGCAGAAUUCCUCCCUGACUUUGAUCAGAUCAGAUUAAGUGCUUAGUUUUAUUCCUGGUGCUACCUCUUUUAACCUGAUGUGUCCCAAACAUUCUUUUCUCCUACAUUACAGUCGUCACACAUCUCUGAUAUAAAAACAGUGAUUAUGAUCUCUUUGUUUUGGCUAGAGAAAGUUGAUUUAGACAGGUUAAAAAUUUAAGUAAAUUAUACAAGUUGAAAAGAAAUGCUCUUAACAGUUACUGGUAGCUUGGUUUCUCUAUGUCUUCCAAACUGAAGCCUCCAAACGCCACAAUUCUAAAUGCCUUCUAUUUGUUUUCUAGUACUUUUUAUUCUACUUAUGUUUCCAGGUAAGAUUUCUCUUUUUUUGCAUUUGUGGUUUAAUAAAUGGUGGAUAACUUUUUGUAAACCCAUGUUAGUGCCAACUCUCAUGUAUUUCUUUGCCAUCUCAGAAUUAUUUGGUUUGCUCUCUUUACCACAAUUGUCUAUGAAGUUUCCUUAGACGCUUUCUGAAGGGAAAUAGAGGUACAGGGAGAAAUCAAAGAAAUGUCUUGGUUACUGAGUUCUAAAUAGAACAGGUUUGAUAGCACUUCUCAUGAUGCAGUUGGGUCAUUGCCAUGUAACAAAAAACCAACAUGAAUAUGAUUUAAAGACAAAAAGAAAACUCUAAAUCCUCUGCUUCUGUAUUUGACAACAAAGAAGUGAAAAAUCAUGGGUCAACAUAAAAUCUUGGGAACUCUUCUACUUUCUCUGGGAGAGCAUUAUAUGUUGGUGCAUUAGUUUAAAAUGUCGGCUGUGACUUUUGCCUGUAUUUGUAGGUACAGAAUUUUUGUUUGUUUUAUACUUUGAAACAUAACUGUAAAUUAAGCCUAUGUGAAUUAUGUUCCACUAUAUUCGUAUUACACUUCUUUUCCUAUUAGAGCAAGUUGUGGUUUUCUGAUAAUGGAUACAUUUUGUUUAGGUACAUAUUUAGCAGUUCACAGUGUCCUAAUUUGGAAGUAAGAACUUCUAAAAAAUAGAAGUUGUUUUAAUUUCCAUCUGUUUUCUAAUAUAUAUCCCUGUAUGUAAAUGAUGAGUUUGUUGAUAUUUAAGAUGAACACAAUUUGAAUGUAAUUAAAAUGCUGUUUUUUGGAAGAGAUGCACUUUAAACAUACUUAUUAAAUGAAGUUCUGUUAAAUCAUUAAAAUUUUGUUAUUUCUGACACUAUAUAGUAGGACUAAGGUAACAAUGAUCAACAAUACCCCUUGAGAUAUUAAUGAAUUUCAUACACUUUGAAGAAUACUAAAUUGCAAUAGAAGGUGAUGGCCUCAUAUCAAUACCUCCCCCUCAAAAAAAAAUUGCCUUAUUACGAUAGGGGAAUGGGGAAAAUCCCAAGACGUGUUUUUAUAUAAAAUCCUUUGCUUAUUAAUAGAAUAUGUAGCCGUGGACCUUUUGUUCUCAGGACACUGCAUGAUGGUACUGCAUUAUUGCAUCCACUGAACAACCCAGCUUCACUCUACCAAUUACAGCAAAGAUAGACAAUAAGGAAAGAAUAAUCUCAAAUGAGUACUUCAAGAAAAGGCAUGUUCAUUUAAGAAUUUAUGCUCAGAGACUCAUUCUUCACCAUUUAAAACCUUAUAUCCUGAGACAGAGAAAGUGUUAAGGAAUAAGUCAAAUGAACUUAACCCCUGAAUCAACACCAGGGUGAAAAACUGGACACAUAAUUCACAAGUGACCACACCUCUCAGUCUGAAUGAGCUUCCCGCAGCACAGAUCCUCACUAUGCUCCUGAAUUCUCCAUGAUUCCUCUCUACCCAGAGGACCAUACAGUGCAGUCAGUAUAGCCAGGGCCACUGGAUGCAUCAUGGUCUUUCUAGCCAAAAAUGAAUUUCUACUUGGCUGUCUAAUAAAAUGUCAAAUUCUGUAUAUUCAAAAUUGAACUACAGUUCUUUCCCCACAAUCUAUUCCACUUAAAGCUGUCCUAUUUUCAAUUGAUGCCAGUUUCAUUCUUCUGGUUGUUCAGGCCAGAAAACUUGGAGUCAUCCAUGAUUCCUUUAUUUCUCUCAAACUAAUCCAUCAGAAAAUUUUCUUGGCUUCACCUUCAAAAUAUAUCUAGACUCCAGCUGUUUCUCACCACAUGUGUCAUAACUACUCUGGACUGAGCCACCAUCAUUCCUAAGAUGUCUUCCCUUUUCUCCUGUUCCUCAUGCCACCAAUCUGUUUUCAACACAGAAAUCAGUAGUCCUUUAAAAACAUUAAAUCAGUUCGUAUUACUCUGUUGCUCAAAACCCUUCAGCGGCUCCCCAUUUCGCUCAAAGCCAAAGUCCUUAUAAUGGUAUAAGCACCUUUUAUGAUCUGGUCCCCCAUUACAUCUCUGAACUUCUCUACUCUACUCUCCUCCUCUGCUCAUUCCACUUUAGCCACAUUGACCUCCUCACUAUUCCUUGAAUAUACCAGGCACCUUCCAGCAUCAGAGACUAGUUUUAGCUAUUCACUCUGCCUACUCUUCUCAGAAUAUCUGUUUGGCCAAUUAGUUGUGUCAUCAUUCAGUGUUAGGUUUACUGUAAAUUUUUUUAAAAAUUUAUUUAACUUCUAGAAUUAACAAACAGUAAAAUCAAAUUUUUCUUAGACGUAUAGCUUUAUGAAUUUUAACACAUGUACAGAUUUAUGUAACUUCCACCACAAUCAAGAUACAGUUCCAUCACCUCCAAAACUCCCUCAUGCUACCCCUUUGUAGUUAUAUACCCUUAACACCUGCCAGCCAUUGGUCUGUUCUCUGACAUU